UCGUCCUAACGGGACAGCGUGAGGAGACGAGCCUGCGUCACACUGAUCCGUCUGGACCAGUCGUGCCAAAAGGCUGAAGGCAACUCAGCGUUAAAAGAAGAAAAAGUAAAAUAAAUUGCCGUCAACUCAAGGGAGAUAGUUCAGAGCACGGUGUUGCAGUUCAAACGGUACGUAGAAAUGACGCGAGAAAUGUGAGGAAGAACGCGGUUUAAUGCGCUUCUUUAAAAAACUAAAUCCGUGAUCAUUCCGAGUUGUUCUUCAGCCUUUUUUGUUUUUGUAACCAAAAUACCAAGACAGUAUGCAAACCGACAAACCGGAGUCGAGUGAACCCGCAAAGGGCAGCGGCGAGUGUCCGAGCUCCGACGACACAGAGAAGAAAGCUCUGUGUACGGUCGACACUCCGCCGCAGCAGGACAACAAGCCCAAAGGCAUCAGCGCCGUGGCAGUUCUCUGGACUUUUGGGAAAUGUCUGGGCGCCCUCCUGCCCGUCUACCUGGCCGGUUAUUACCGGGUCAGCACCAGCCUGUUGGUGUGCGGGAUGAUGGUUUACACCGGGUGGAAACAUGCGCGAGAGGCCAAGGAGGCACGUCUGAAGUCAGCCAUCCAGCUGCUGGAGGACGAGCAGGAGAGCUCCUCCAUGAAGAUGUCCCGAAUCAAGAGAGACCUUCCUGCGUGGGUCAACUUCCCAGAUGUGGAGAAGGUUGAGUGGCUGAACAAGGUGCUACAGCAGGUGUGGCCUUUUGUCGGCCAGUACCUUGAGAAGCUCUUGGUGGAAACCAUCGCUCCGUCCAUUCGAUCCUCCAGCGCCCACCUCCAGACUUUAAGCUUCACAAAAGUCGACAUGGGAGACAAGGCCAUGAAGGUUGUAGGAAUCAAGGCACACACAGAAAACGACAGGGGGCAGGUCCUGCUUGAUCUGUAUAUCAGCUAUGUUGGCAAUGUGGAGAUCAAUGUUGAGGUGAAACGGUACUUCUGUAAAGCUGGAGUCAAAGGAAUCCAGCUGCAAGGGAUGAUGAGGGUGAUUCUGGAGCCUCUCAUUGGUGACGUGCCCAUUGUGGGGGCAGUGACCAUGUUUUUCAUCCGCAGACCUAGAUUAGACAUUAACUGGACUGGACUCACUAAUUUGUUGGACGUCCCUGGCUUGAAUGUCAUGUCAGACAGCAUGAUCAUGGACGCCAUUGCCUCCUUCUUGGUUCUGCCCAACCGUCUCGUUGUCCCCUUGGUUCCUGGUCUCCAUGUGGCCCAACUGCGCUGUCCUUUACCAAGGGGUGUUGUUCGCAUCCACCUACUGGAAGCAAAGAACCUGGCAGCCAAGGACAACUACGUGAAAGGGGUCAUGGCAGGUUUGUCUGACCCCUACGCCAUACUGAGGGUCGGCCCUCAGACCUUCACCUCUCACCACGUUGACAACACCGACUGCCCCAAGUGGGGGGAAACGUAUGAGGUUAUUGUCCAUGAAGUUCCUGGUCAAGAGUUGGAGGUGGAGGUUUAUGACAAAGACCCAGACCAGGAUGAUUUCCUGGGCAGGGCCAAACUGGAUUUGGGCAUUGUGAAAAAAUCCAUAGUUGUAGAUGAUUGGUUCACCUUGAAGGACACUCAGUCUGGACGGGUUCAUUUCCGACUGGAGUGGUUGGCCUUGUUGCCAAACAGUGAUCGACUGGAGCAGAUCAUACAGAAGAACCAGAGUGUGACCAGUAAGACUGCUGAUCCUCCCUCUUCAGCCAUCUUGGUAGUAUAUCUCGACAAGGCGGAGGCACUUCCUAUGAAGAAGGGCAACAAGGAUCCAAACCCCAUGGUGCAGUUGUCAGUGCAGGAUGUUACCAGAGAGAGCAAGACGUGUUACACAACCAUUAAUCCAGAGUGGGAGGAAGCUUUCACCUUCUUCAUCCAAGAUCCACUCAAACAAGACCUUGACAUUCAGGUGAAGGAUGCUGACCGCGUGCAGACCUUGGGCAGUCUGUCCCUUCCCUUGUCCCGUUUACUGUCCAACUCCAACCUUUCUCUGGACCAGUGGUUCCAGUUGGACAACUCUGGAGAUGCCAGUCGCAUCUACAUCAACGCAGUUCUGAGGGUUUUGUGGUUGGAUGAGGAACACAUUCAAGCCAAUGUGUCCUCUGAUGUGGCAGCUGGAAAGUCCAAACAACUGCCCCAACACACUGCGCCUCAUCCCAGCUUUGCGACGGAGGGACUUCUUAGAAUCCACCUGCUGGCAGGGCAGAAUCUGGUUCCAAAAGACAACAUGAUGGGAGGAAUGAUCAAAGGCAAGAGUGACCCCUACGUUAAGAUUAACAUUGGUGGUGAAACAUUCACGAGUAACGUUAUCAAGAGCAAUCUCAACCCUACGUGGAACGAGAUGUACGAGGUGAUUCUGACCGAACUGCCCGGCCAGGAGCUAGUUAUAGAAGUGUUUGACAAGGACGUGGACAUGAAGGACGACUUCAUGGGAAGGUUGAAGAUAAAUCUGAAAGACAUCAUAGAAUCUCAGUACACUGAUCAGUGGUACACACUCAGUGAUGUGAAAUCGGGCCGAGUUCAUUUAAUUCUGGACUGGGUUCCGACAGCCUCAGACUCAGACAGAUUGGACCAGGUUCUUCAGUUCCAUUCCAGACAGUCGUACCAGAACAAAGCAGUUCCUUCCACUGCUCUGCUCUUUGUGUACAUCGAACAGGCAGAUGGUUUACCAGUCAAAAAGAGUGGAAAGGAUCCAAAAGUGGGAGCAGAGAUUAUUCUUGGAAAAACAUCUCACAAAACUACAGUCUGUGAACGCACCACAGCGCCUCAGUGGAAUGAGGCUUUCAGUUACCAGGUCCGAGAUCCCAGAGAAGAUAUUCUUCUUGUUAAGUUCUCCCACAGCUGGACUCUACCCAUCUGUUCUCUGGUGGUUCCUCUUAGAGAGCUGCUGUCUGAACCAGAUCUGGUCCUGGACCAGUGGUUUCAUCUGGAUGGAGCCUCACCAGAGAGUCAGGUUCUCCUGAGAGCUGAACUUAAGCUGCUGAUUCCUAGCAAAUGUCCCGGUGCCACUGAUAAAGCCAGGGUCACUCUAGUGUCAGACCCUUCCCCUGCCCAGAAAAAACCCGAACCAGAAACCACACAGAGGUCAAGUUCAGCUGACACUCCUACCGUGGAGACCAUUUCUUCAUCCACUUUGCAGGAAGAUGCUGACGUAAACGAAGAGGUUAACGUGAUUGAGGAGCCAUCCAGCCCUGCUGUAACACGCCCCGCUCAUACGUCUCCAGACCUGGGCUUCGCCUCCGAGGGCCUGCUCAGACUCAUCCUCUUGGAGGCUCAGGAUCUGGUUGCCAAAGACAACAAAAUGGGCGGUAUGAUGAAAGGCAAGAGCGACCCCUACGCAAACAUCACCGUUGGGGAGGAAAUGUUUAAGAGUAACGUGAUCAAGGAGAAUCUCAACCCGUUCUGGAAUGAAAUGUAUGAGAAAGUUCUGAAACCCCAGCCUGGACAGGAGGUGAAGGUAGAACUGUAUGACAAAGACAUGGACAAAGACGACUUCCUGGGCAGAUUCAGCCUCAGUGUGGCAGACAUCAUUCGGUCUCAGUCCACAGCCCAGUGGUACACCUUAAACGACGUGAAGUCUGGACGCGUGCGUCUGAUUUCAGAGUGGGUCCCAGCGUUGUCCUGUGAUGACACUUUAGGCCAAGUGAUGGAGCUUCAGUCCCUCCAGUCCUACAAGAACAGGGCCAGUCCGUCAGCAGCUCUUCUCUUCAUUUAUUUGGACAGAGCUCACUCAUUACCUUAUAAGAAAAGUGGGAAGGAGCCCAAGGCUGCAGCUGAGCUUGUGUUUGGAAACAAAACAUACAAAACCAGGGUGUGUGAACGCUCCAGAUCACCAGACUGGAAUGAGUCAUUCCUGUUCAUGGUUCAAAAUCCCAGAGAGGAGAUGCUGGUCAUAAAGUUGUCAAGUGCUUGGGAACAGCCAAUUGGAUCUCUGGUUCUCCCUGUGAGGGAGCUGCUCUCCAGGCCACAGCUGGUCCUGGACCAGUGGUUACAUCUGGAUGGCGCUCUCCCCGAGAGUGAGAUCCUGCUGAGGGCUGAACUAAAGAUCCUCAGCUCCAGGAUGACUGAAGCUCCACAGCCUUCUGUUACGAGUCCCAAGAAGGCAGAGACGGUGUCCAGCAGGGAGGAGGUGUUUAGAGCAGCUGAGAGAGAGGAAAACGUCGCAGAUGAAUCCGUUACAGAACAACAGCCUGAAGCAGCAGCUAGAACUACGUCUGACAACUGGUUUCCUUCCGCUGCUAUGGAGGAGGCGACAGCGGAGGUGGAGCAGCCUCCAUCACUGCCGUUUAAACCACAGGAGGAGCAAACAGAAGAGUCUGGUCUGGGUAACCUCGCUCAAGCCACAGUGACUGGUCUUCCUGCUAAAACCCUGGCACCAGCAGAACACAAAGACGUUCUGGAACCUUCUGAAGUUCUUCCACCACACACCACUCCUUCAAAAGACUUUGGUCGAGAGGGGGUGCUGAGGAUUCACCUGCUUGAGGCCAGCAACCUUGUUGCCAAGGACAACCUGAUGGGAGGCAUGGUGAAGGGCAAGAGUGACCCCUACGUCAAAAUCAACAUAAGUGGGGUCUCAUUUAAGAGUCAGUGCAUCAAAGAGAACCUCAACCCGACGUGGAAUGAAAUGUACGAGACAGUUCUAAGUGGAAACCACAGCCAUGUGAUCAAGUUUGAAGUUUUUGAUAAGGACAUAGAUUCUGAUGACUUCCUGGGCCGGUUCAGUAUUAAUCUGAGUGAGGUCCUGAGUUCACAGUAUUUAGAUCAGUGGUAUACACUUAAUGAUGUCAAGUCUGGUCGAGUCCACUUGAUAGUGGAGUGGGUCCCUACUGUGUCCAACUCAGUCAGACUUGAUGAGGUGCUGCAGCUCCAGUCACUCCAGACGUUUCAGAACAAGACUGUACCUCACGCGGCUCUGCUCUUCGUUCAUAUCCAGGGAGCACAUUCACUGCCUCUAAAGAAAAGUGGAAAGGAACCCAAAGCUGGAGCUGAGCUCAGUUUGGGUGGAACGUCAUACAAAACCAAUUUGUGUGAUCGCAGUACCAGCCCUGAGUGGAACAAGUCCUUCUACUUCAUGGUCCUUGACCCUAAACAGCAGAUGCUGGUAGUAAAGUUGUCAAGUGGCUGGGACCAGCCAAUGGGGUCUGUCGUGGUUCCUGUCAGGUCACUUCUUGCGGAGCCACAGCUGACUCUGGAUCAGUGGUUGCCUCUGGAUGGAGCCUUGUCUCAGAGCCAGAUCUUACUGAGGGCAGAACUGAAGAUUCUGGAAUCAAAGAUGGUGGACAUGAUCAGUGCAGGGACUCUGCCCUGCGCUGCCUCUGGAGGUAGAGACGGGCACGGGCAGGUGAAGUUGUCUCUGUCGUACACCUCUCAAGAAAGAAAGCUCAUCGUCGUCGUCCACGCUUGCAGAGGUCUUGCCUCUGGUACAGACAGCUAUGUGUCGCUCAUGCUGCUGCCGGAUAAAAGCAAAGCCACCAAGAGGAAGACAGCUGUGAAGAAGAAGGACGUCCAACCGGAGUAUAAUGAGAGGUUUGAGUACAACCUGACCGUGGACGAGCUAAGAUUCAGACGACUCAGUGUGUCGGUGAAAAACAACUCCGCCUCCUUCAGAAGCAAAGACGUCAUCGGACAGGUCCUGAUAGAGUUGGGUCAAGUUGACCUAACAUCUGGAGUCACAGAAUGGUUCACCUUGAAGGACGAAACUGAAUAAUCACUCUGCUUGCUGGUGAUGAUGUCAUCAACCUCCCUGGCGCCGUGCCGUUGCUGCGACUCACACUGAUGCCUUCUCCUGCUAACGUCUACGUACAAACAGUGCCUCUGUGGCAGCCUCACCUGUAUCCACUCAGCUUUUUCUGUCAGAACAAAUAAAAAUGAAAAGUGAAUUGCACUCUAUAUUCAUAAUCGUCAACAAUCUCACCAAAGAUAAGGAAGCUGAAGGAGCUGGGCUGACGGAGUUGAAGUGCAUGUUUGUUUAGACUGAACGUUAAUUCACCUUAUGAAGAAAUGACUGAAGAAUCACUAGAGGAAAUUGAAGUCGAACAGAAGAAGAAAGAAUGUUGUGUUUGUUUUGUUGUUGUUGUUACAGAGUGUUUUUUAAUCAUAAUUACAGUGAUGUUUUUGUAUUUUAUUUUAUUUUAUUUUUUGUCAUAUUCUUUCAGUAUUUUUAAGUCUAUUGUGCGACCUGCUAAGAUCACAGCAAAGACACACGGAAAAAGACAGUAUGUUACAAUGUUCUGCUAUAUUUCAGUUUGAAAUAGCUUUUAAAAGUGUUUGGUUUUCACAAGAUAUAUGUGUUUCUCGCACCUAAGUUACAUAGUAGUAAUCAUUAUUUUAUAUAUAUAUAUAUAUUCGAAAAAAUGGUGGACCAGAUACAGUUUGUUGAAAGAUGAAAAAAAUAAAAAGAUUGUGCACAUUUCA